AUGAGUGCAAGUUAUCCACAUUCUGGUGCCACAUACAGUGGAUAUUUGAUGAAGAAAGGCGCCACUUUCAAAAUGUGGAAGCCUCGCUGGUUUGUUUUGGACUCAAGUAGACACCAGCUGAGAUAUUACGAAAGUGAAACGGAUGUGAACUGUCGUGGUGUCAUUGACUUAGCCGAUGUCAAGUCCGUUGAAGUAGCGCCUAGCCAUGCGUUACGAAAGCCUCUUCUUGAGGUUCGCACCUCGCGACGAGUCUAUUCUUUGCUUGCCGAUACCAAAUCAGAUGCUGAUCUGUGGCUGGAGAAAAUUUUGGCUGCUCUUCACGAUUGA